AUGGUCCACAAGCUAGUGCACAAUUCAAAUAACACGGCAAGCAUGCAGCAUAUAAAUAAGAGUGUGCAGUAUGGUAUUGCAUUCAUAACCCAGUUGAGGAAAAAUAUGGCACACUUCCUAAAGCCUUCUCACCUUCUUCUCUUUCUUUUCUUUCUCUCGUUAGUUCAAUCCAUUCUACCAACAAGACCAGAGGGAGAAGCUCUUGUGAAAUGGAAGAAUAGCCUAGCCCCUUCUUCUUUUCUCGACUCUUGGUCACUCACCAAUCUCGAUAAUCUUUGCAACUGGACUGGCAUUACUUGUAACUCUGCAGGUUCAGUCUCUAAGAUUAACCUUUAUGAGAAACAACUUGAUGGAAUGCUGUCCGAAUUUGGUUUCACUUCAUUACCAAAUCUAAACAGUCUCACCCUCGCAUACAACUUCUUCUCGGGUCCGAUACCACCAGCCAUUGAGAAUUUAACACAGCUUCAAUAUCUUGAUUUGAGAAAUAAUUAUCUAGAUGGUCCCAUUCCGUUCCAGGUUAGCCAUCUUCAGAGCUUGCUCAUCUUAAACCUGUCACAGAAUGCAUUGCAAGCUCCAAAUUGGUCCCAUUUCUCUCCCAUGCCUUUCUUGCGCAUCCUCAACCUCAGUUACAAUCCUCUUGCGUCGAAAUUCCCAUAUUUUAUAUCCAAUUCUCAUAGCCUGACUCACCUUAGCCUUAAUUAUAACGAGUUUACUGGUGAUUUAGUACGUGAAUCAGUAUUUGCCAAUCUGCAUAAUCUUGAAGUGCUCAGUCUUGUUGGCAAUUCUUUUGAGGGGCCAAUUCCGCCAGAUAUAUUCAAGCUUUCCAAAUUAAAACGUCUCUUCCUGUCAAGUAACAAAUUUUCAGGUUCAAUUCCCAAUGACAUAAGGUUACUUUGUGAUCUUGAAUACCUAUAUUUAUGGAACAAUUCCUUUGAAGGACCGCUUCCACUAAAUAUAUUCAAGCUUUCAAAAUUAAAACAUCUUCUUCUUUGGGGUAAUAAGUUUUCAGGUUCUGUUUCCAAUGAUAUAGGUUUGCUUUCUGAGCUUGAAAGCCUCUAUCUUGGCUCUAAUUUUUUUGAGGGGCCGCUUCCGCCAAAUGUAUUCAAGCUCUCCAAACUAAGGUUUCUUUACCUCUGGGGUAAUAACUUUUCAGGUUCUGUUUCCAAUGAUAUAGAUUUGCUUUCUGAGCUUGAAGCCCUCGAUCUUAACUCUAAUUUUUUUGAGGGGCCGCUUCCGCCAAAUUUAUUCAAGCUCUCCAAACUAAAGAUUCUUUCCCUUUAUAAGAAUAACUUUUCAGGUUUUAUUUCUAAGGAUAUAGGUUUGCUUUUCGAACUUGAAAGCCUCUAUCUUGGCUCUAAUUUUUUUGAGGGGCUGCUUCCCCCACAUAUAUUUAGGCUGUCCAAAUUAAGAGAUCUGGACCUCUCAGACAAUAGAAAUUUAUUUGAAGGAAGUAUUCCUAUUGGACUGGGACUCUUGACUAACCUCAGGUUCUUAGAUCUACAUUCCAAUAAUCUCGGUGGCUAUAUUCCAUCUGACAUUGGAAACCUGAAGCUACUAGUACUUCUUGAUCUCAAUUCUAACCAAUUGACUGGACCGCUUUUAAAGAUCGUCUCUAAUCUCACAAAUCUUAUGUUUCUUGAUGUAAGUGAUAAUAGUCUUAGUGGAAAUAUUCAGAGUGACUUGUGGAAAUAUAACGAUCAUCCAACUUUGGAAUACAUCAAUUUGAGUGGGAACCAUUUUACGGGUGAGCUUCCAACAACAAUUUGCAAUGUCACUUCCCUUUCAAUUCUUGAUUUGUCAAAUAAUGAAUUAAGUGGUGAACUUCCAAACUGUUUCGGGAAUCUUGCUGAUGGAUUGCUUUACAUUAAUCUUGCUAAUAAUCAGUUUCGAGGAACAAUACCAACUACUUUCUCCAGGAGUUGUCAGCUGACAUAUCUAAACAUGGAUAAUAAUGAGUUUGAAGGAUUGAUGCCCCCAUCUUUGGCGAACUGUAAGCACUUGAAAAUUCUUGAUAUAGGCAAUAAUAAAAUAGGUGGUACAUUUCCGUCAUGGCUUUAUGCACUUGGAGAGCUAGAAGUUCUUGUCUUGCGAUCAAAUAAACUCUAUGGUACAAUAAGUGGAAGGAGCACAGAAGAUCCCUUCCCCAAGUUGCGGAUUAUGGAUUUGUCCAACAAUCAAUUCACAGGCCAUUUGCCAAUUCAAUACUUUAAGAAUAUGAAAUCAACUGAUAAUUUGUAUCGUUUUCAGAAUGUGACAGCAGUUUUUACUAUCCAGUAUAUAGCAGCAGUCUCAUUAACUGUGAAGGGAACAGAGUAUGAAGUAAGAAAUAAUCUUCAUAUUUACACAAUCAUUGAUCUGUCCUGCAACAAAUUUCAGGGAGAAAUUCCAAAGGUUACUGGAGAGCUUAGAUGGCUUGCACUGCUCAACUUAUCUCAUAAUAGUCUGACAGGACAUAUCCCAUCAUUGCUGGGAAAUAUGAAAGAACUCCAAUCUUUAGAUUUGUCCUCAAAUCAAUUGACAGGGGCUAUUCCGCCUCAGUUAACUGCAUUGACAUUUCUAGAGGUCUUGAACCUCUCGAAAAACCAUCUUAGUGGAGAGAUUCCUCAGAAAGGACAGUUCAGCACAUUCAACAAUGAUUCUUAUCUAGGAAACUCCGCGUUAUGUGUAUCACCAUUGACGAAGAAAUGUGCAAACACAGCAUCACCUCCACAAGAAGUCGGAAAUGUUGAUGAAGAUGAUGCGGGUGAUGAAUUGACAUGGGAAGCAAUCUUGAUGGGAUAUGGAUGUGGACUGAUAUGUGGAUUGUCAUCUGCAUACAUUGUUCUCAAACUAGGAAAGCCUUGGUGGUUUGUGAGAUAUAUCGAAGUACUGCAACUGAAGUUGAUGAAAAGAUAUAGAACUUAUUCCAAGUCUUCUUCGGAGGCCUACUGCCUCAACAACCUUUCAAAGAUGAUCAUUAGCAUUAGCAUUACAUUAGCAUACAGCAUAUAUAUAAAUAGAAGAAUGCAGUGUGGUAUUGGAUUCAUAAUCCAAUUGAGCAGAAACAUGGCACACUUUGUAAAGCCUUAUGACCUUCUUCUCUGUGUUUUCUUUCUCUCAUCACUUGAAUCCAUUCUUGCAACAAGACGAGAAGGAGAAGCUCUUGUGAAAUGGAAGAACAGCCUAGCCCCGUCUUCUUCUCUUGAUUCUUGGUCACUCACUCAUCUCGAUAAUCUUUGUAACUGGACUGGCAUUACUUGUAACUCUGCAGGUUCAGUCUCUGACAUUAACCUUUUCAACAAACAACUCACUGGAAAGCUUUUCGAGUUUGGUUUCACUUCAUUUCCAAAUCUCAACAAUCUCACCCUCGCAGAUAACUUCUUCUCUGGUCCAAUACCAUCAGCCAUUGGGAAUUUAACACAGCUUCAAUAUCUUGAUUUGAGCAAUAAUUAUCUCAAUGGUUCCAUUCCGUACCAGGUUAGCCAUCUUCCAAGAUUACACAUCUUAAACCUGUCAGAGAAUGAACUGCAAGCUCCAAAUUGGUCCAAUUUCUCCCCCAUGCCUUUUUUGACCAUCCUCGACCUUUAUCAAAAUAAUCUUUUGUCAGAAUUUCCAGAAUUUAUAUCUAACUCGCGUAACCUGACGUACCUUGACCUUUCAUAUAACAAGUUUACAGGCAAUCUUGUGCGCGAAUCAGUAUUAACCAAUCUAGUUGAUCUCGAAACCCUUUAUCUUAAUGAAAAUUCUUUUGGGGGGCCAUUUCCACCAGACAUAUUCAAACUUUCCAAGUUGAGAGUUCUUGCCCUGUUCAAUAAUUUUUUUGAGGGGCCGCUUCCGUCAAAUAUAUUCAAGCUCUCUAAACUAAGAUUCCUUUUACUUUGGAGUAAUAAUUUUUCAGGUACUCUUCCGAAUGAAAUAGGUUUGCUUUCUGAGCUUGAAGACCUAGAUCUUCACUCCAAUUUUUUUGAGGGGCCGCUUCCGCCAAAUAUAUUCAAGCUCUCUAAACUAAGAACCCUUUUCCUCUGGGGUAAUAACUUCUCAGGUUCUAUUUCCAACGACAUCGGUUUGCUUUCUGAGCUUAAACACCUCUAUCUCGACUCCAAUUCUUUUGAGGGACCUUUUCCAACAAAUAUUUUCAAGCUUUCCAAAUUAAUACAACUUGGUCUCGCAAACAAUACAAAUUUAUUUGAAGGAAGUAUUCCUCCAGGACUGGGGCUCUUGACUAACCUAGAGGACUUGUCUCUUGCUUACAAUAAUCUUGGUGGCUAUAUUCCGUCUUCCAUUGGAAACCUAACACUACUAGUAUAUCUUAAUCUCGCUCGUAAUAAAUUGGUUGGAACACUAUCAAAGACCAUUUCUAAUCUCACAAAUCUAUGGUUUCUUGAUGUACAUCAUAAUAGUCUCUCUGGGAAUAUUCAGAGUGACUUCUGGAAAAACUCUACAUCAUUGCGUUACAUUAAUUUGGCAGACAAUAAUUUUUCUGGGAACAUUCCUAAGGAAUAUAAUGUUCUUCCGAUCCUGGAUCACAUCAAUUUUAGGGGGAACAAUUUUACAGGUGAGCUUCCACCAACAAUUUGCGAUGCCACUUCCCUUUCGAUUCUUGAUCUGUCAAAUAAUGGAUUAAGCGGUGCAGUUCCACAUUGUUUGGGGAAUCUUGCUGAUAAAUUGAUUUCGAUUAAUCUUGCUAAUAAUCAGUUUGAAGGACCAAUACCAACAAAUUUCUCCAAGAGUUGUCGUCUGACGUAUCUUAACAUGUAUAACAAUCACUUUAAAGGAUUGGUUCCCCAAUCUUUGGCAAACUGUAAGCGCUUGCAAAUUCUUGAUUUUGGAAAAAAUCAAAUAGGUGGAACAUUUCCGUCAUGGCUUUUUACUCUCGGAGAGCUAGAAGUCCUGAUCCUGCGAUCAAACAGAUUUUUCGGGAGAAUAACUAGAAGGGGCAUACCACACCCCUUUCCCAAGUUGCGGAUUUUGGAUCUAUCCAACAAUCAGUUCACCGGCUAUCUGCCAAUUUCAUACUUCAAGAAUAUGAAACCAAAUGAUAAUAAUUAUGAUUAUUUCAACAACACAAACGAAGCCUAUUACGUUUAUCAAGUUUCUAUCUCAUUAAAUGUGAAAGGAAGCGAGCAUGAAGUGGCAAAUAUUCUUCAUAUUUACACGGCCAUUGAUCUGUCGUGCAACAAAUUUGAAGGAAAAGUUCCAAACAUUACUGGAGAGCUUAGAUGGCUUGCAUUGCUAAAUUUAUCUCAUAAUAGUCUUUCGGGGCCUAUUCCAUCACAACUGGGAAAAAUGAAAGAGCUCCAGUCUCUAGAUUUGUCGUCAAAUCAAUUGACAGGUGUUAUUCCGGAUCAACUUACUAGUAUGACAUUUCUUGCUAGUUUGAACCUCUCAGAAAACCAUCUUUCUGGGAAAAUCCCUCGGAAAGGACAGUUCAGCACUUUUGGCGAAGAAUCUUACUUAGGUAACUCGGCCUUGUGUGGAGUUCCUUUGACAAAGAACUGUAUAGACGACGUGCCACCUUCACAAGUUGGAGAUGGCGAUGAUGAAAAUGUUGAUGAAGAUGAUACCGUUGAUGAAUUCAAUUGGAAAGUGAUCCUGAUGGGAUAUGCAUGUGGAUUAAUAGGCGGAUUGUCUGCAGGAUACAUUGUCUUCACAGUCGGAAAGCCUUGGUGGUUUUUGAGGUACAUUGAGACACUGCAGCAGAAGUUGAUGUGAUGCGCAACUAGAAACAACCUUAUCUUAGAAUGAAUCUGAAUGUUAGCAUAUACUGAAUUUUUUUUUUUUUUUGUAAAUAUGAUUUCAAGUUCUCAUACUAAUACAAGAACCACCUGUUAAAUCUUGACCAUGCUCAGAGGAUGCUGAAUGCUGAUUUAACACUUUGCGAUGCAAAGCAGGGGCGCAUUAGUAUUUUAUAUGUGUUGAUAAUUUGCGCAAUGUUAACAGGGAUAGGUCUUCUUCUCUCCCAUGUCUUCGACAGACUCUUUCCAGGUCUUCUGAGGACCCAUCGGCUCAAAUUAGUCCAUCGUGAAUUAUGAUCUGAGAGCUAUCUGUACACUAUUUU